AUGCAGACAAGCUCCCUUGCGGAGAUGAACCUACUGAAGCUUCCUGACCAAGAGCGCCGCGAGCGACAAGCCGAGAAGGAGCUCGAGCUGAUCAAGCGCCACUACCUCGGCAUGAAGGAGAACAAGAAGAAGAUGCAAAAGCCAUCCGAAAAGUUCAGGAACAUCUUCAAUUUCGAGUGGAAUGCUGACGACGACACCAUGCGAGGUGACAACAACCCGCUCUACACCAAGCGCCUCGAGCCGCAGCUGCUCUUCGGUCGCGGCUACCGCGCUGGAAUCGACGUCCGAGAGCAGCGCAAGAACAACAGGCAUGCUCCUCGGGAGGUCAGGCUUCGGGCUUUCGUCUUUCGCCAAGUCGGACACCUGCGACUGGAUGCCGGGACGGGUAGACACGGGCGUGAACCGAGUUUCUACGAAGAGCUCAUCGCUAAGCGUGCGGAGUACUCUGGCGAGGACGUGUCAGCCUUCGUGCAGCCCUCGAAGGAGCUCCGGGGACGGAAGCGGAAGUCCGCCUCAAGUGCUCCUAGCCUGCUGCGCGCUAUCUUGCAGGAGCCCUUGUCCUUCAAGCAGCGGGACAUCGAGGAUAAGGACAUUAACAAGACGCACUGGACAGAGAAGCCAGUGGCCGAGAUGACCACUCGUGACUGGCGCAUCUUCCGGGAGGACUUUCAGAUUUUUAUUCGCGGAGGCCGCGUGCCCGUGCCCAUGCGGGUCUGGUCUGAGGGUCCGCUACCCUGGGAGCUGCUAGAAGCCGUCACGAAGGUGGGCUAUGCCAGGCCCACGCCCAUCCAGAUGCAGGCUCAAGUCGUAGUGUCUGCACGACGGAGAGCAAGUUCUGAGACCCGAAAGCCAAUCCCUUUGAUCAAAUUCGGAGUGUUGAUGUGUGCGAGUGAGUCGAAUCCUCCAGAGUGUCACCUCGCUGCCUGUUGCUUGGUCAGGGCACGCCUAUCCUCGUAA